CGGUGGCUGCAUCGAUGCAAAAUGGGUUGUGGCAAUUCCUCAGCCACCAGCACCACAGGAGGGGGGCCAGCAGAAGCCUCCAAAGAUGUGACAGAAGAUCCCUCAGCAGAAGAUGAGAAAAGAAGGAACUAUGGUGGUGUGUAUGUAGGUCUGCCAGCAGACCUAACGACUGUGGCUGCCAGCCAGUCCAAAGCUACACGUAAAGACUAGCAACCAUUCAAGGAAACGCACAAGAGGAUCCUGCAUAUUAAUUUACGUACAAACAGUCACAUUACAAGCAAAGAGCAUGUAAGCCCUCUGAUUCUGCCCCACCACAGACUGAAUAAAGUCUCAGGCACUAGUACUCUACGAAGAUGUGGACGGCCUGCAGGGGCUGGGGGGAUGUUCCCUCACAGAGUAAUGGGUGGCAAAGUGAAACAGAGGUGCACAUCAGAGGCCUGCAAAGGGAUUGUAUCAUCGCCCUUUACUUUGCAAAUACUAGGAAAGCACUCAAUCUGGGACUAGCAGCUAUGGACAGCGGCACCGGACUUAUCAACAGUCAUCUGGAUUUCUCGGUCAAUUCACUGGAAAUUUCUCUUUCUCAGGAGGAGACAGAUGAUCCAGCCAACUUACUAAAUAACUGGGUGGGGGCUGACACACUCCCAACAGCCCUCUGCAAUAAUAAUCACUGCUCAGUUAUUUCUCUAAAACACCAUCAAUGAUUCAUUGUGUGGCAGGGACAGAGUUAUAGAGAGACAGAGAUAAACCAGAGUUUCACUCACUCACACACACACACACAC